AUGGGCCAGAUUAGGAAGGGCGGUACAACGGUGGGACUUGGCGUUGGUGUUUUGGAACAUCAAAGAUGGACAGGGUUUUCGCGGAGGUCGCUCCUCAGAUAUCUCCACAACUACAGAUCGGGGAUCUUCCAAAAUCGAGAAGAUUGGUGCAUAUGGCUAGGUCUCUUCACCUUACAAUUUGUAUGGCACUUUGGCCCGGGGUUGUGGUGUGGUAGGGGAGAACGGGGGAUACUCCCACACAGGAGUUUUGAACAACGUCCGGUUCACGUUUGGCUGGAUAACUCCACCACCACACAGGAGAAUAAUUAUGAGAGAUUCUGA